AUUAAAGUAGUCUGUAUAUAUCUGCUCGCUUUCAGAAAUUUGAGAAAACCGUCUUGUCGUGGCAGGGGACGUAAUACAUGGUUAUCCAUCUCUUGGAAUACGGACACUUUUAAGUCCACUACCACAGUACAUUAUCAGAAAUGACCUGUGUUCAAAGUCAACAUGGAGUCCAGACCUAUGAGAGCUCCCUCUUCAGCUCAGAGUUUUUGAAUCCUGACUUCACCUCCAGGUUGGCCAUGGAUGUGACUGACCAGCGGGACCAGCACUCCGCUCCCUCCCUGCCGAGCAUCACCUCUCUGGUCGGAAGCUACGUUGGCGAGUUUGACACCUACUCCUGCCAGAUUGCCGCCGGUGCUGCUUCGACCUGCGCAGGUGCCACCCCUGGGCAGGACGCGUUCAAGCUGGAUGAUCUCCAGGUGUACGGCUGCUACCCAGGCACGUUCGCUUUCAGUUACCUGGAUGAGACGUUGUCUUCUUCAGGUGGGUCAAACUGCUUUGGAAGUCCUGCCUCUGCACCGUCUCCCUCAACUCCUGGGUACCAGCCCAUGCCGACCUGGGACAGUGCCUACGGUCCUUGUUCCCCAGACGAUGGCUGCUGGGCUUCAGAGAAGAGUCCUUUGACCUCGGCCGGAUCGUUUUUCCCUUUUGGGCAUGUCACAGCUGAUGAGCUUUCUCCCCUGAGCCAGUUGCAGCCUCAGCUUUCGGAACAGGACCCUUUCUCACAUAACCACCAGCAUGGUUCUCCUCUUCAAUUCAGUCCGCUUGGCCUGGAACAGGGAAGCCGGGAUGGGUCAUUACUGAUGGAUGGACACCUUUCUCCUAAAGUGAGGAGUCCAACAGGAAAUGAGGGACGCUGUGCAGUUUGUGGAGACAAUGCAUCCUGUCAGCAUUACGGGGUGCGUACCUGUGAAGGCUGCAAGGGCUUUUUCAAGCGCACAGUACAGAAAAAUGCCAAGUACGUUUGCCUUGCCAACAAAGACUGUCCGGUGGACAAAAGGCGGCGAAACCGGUGCCAGUUUUGCCGUUUUCAGAAGUGCCUAGCUGUGGGAAUGGUGAAAGAAGUCGUAAGAACAGACAGCCUAAAAGGUAGAAGGGGUCGCCUGCCAUCCAAGCCAAAAGUUGCGCAGGACUCCGCCUCUUCACCUGUCAACAUCAUCGCCUCUCUCGUCACAGCCCAUAUUGACUCCAACCCUGCCAGCGGAAAUCUAGACUAUUCAAAGUAUCAGGAAUCAGUAUCUGGGUUAUCUGAGAAGGAGGAUGCCAAUGACAUACAGCAAUUUUAUGACCUGCUUACAGGGUCAAUGGAUGUUAUCAGGAAGUGGGCUGGUAACAUCCCAGGAUUCAAUGCGUUCUGUAAGGAGGACCAAGACCUUCUCCUUGAGUCAGCAUUUGUUGAGCUUUUCAUACUUCGACUAGCUUACAGGUCGAACCCCGAGACAGAGAAGCUUAUUUUCUGCAGUGGGAUGGUCCUUCACCGGACGCAGUGUGUGCGAAGCUUCGGUGACUGGAUUGACUCGAUCAUGGAGUUCUCUCAGAGUUUACAUCGCUUGAACUUGGACGUAUCGUGCUUCUCCUGUCUCGCUACGCUGGUUAUCAUCACAGAUCGGCAUGGCCUGAAAGAGCCCAGACGGAUUGAGGACCUCCAGAACCGCCUGGUCACGUGUCUCAGAGACCACGUCUCCACAAGUGCCUCCGAAGCCGCCAGGCCCAACUACCUGUCCCGACUCCUGAGCAAGCUUCCCGAGCUGAGAACGCUGUGCACCCAGGGUCUCCAGCGAAUCUUCUAUCUCAAACUAGAAGACUUGGUUCCCCCUCCACCUAUAGUGGAAAAGAUUUUCAUGGACACGUUGCCAUUCUGAGGAGAUUACAUUCAGUGGACAUUUAAGAUGACUUGAAUGAAAAGAAAUGGAUAUGAGCAGUUUGUGAAGCGCUAGACGGCUUGGACUCUGUUGCUUACGUUUCUUGGAAUGGAUUCAGGUGACAUUCUACAUACACCUGCUUUUGGAGACUUUCGUCAGGUAGUCUUCAAUUUUGAACUCGCCAAGAGACUCAGAACGUAAAAUAUGUAUUUGGUUGCGAGAUUUUUAAGAUGUAGCUUAUUUUAGGCUGAAAUCGUGGCUUUGCGGCUGUUUCAGUCAGUAGUGUUUUCCUUCAAUGGUGCGAAACAAGAAGAAAUGCUCUGUAUGUGCUUUCUAAGAGAAAGAAACACAGAUAUUCCCAUACAGUCAGUAUUACAGCUAUGUUCAGUGGUCAUAUUCCAAAAGUGAAGCAUUCAAGAAUUUUAAUAUAAACAUCUGAAGGCAAUGGACCAAAGCUGAAAUGGAAAAGAGAAACUGCGUAUACUCGGAUGCUUUAAGUAUCAAGACAGAGCCUUAAUGCUUUCAAGAGCCAUUGCAUAAUGUCCCUGAAAACACUCUCGAGAAUACAACCAUAGCUCUUACACUGAAAACACAGUGAUGCUCUUAAGAAGAGGGCUGAUGUGCAUGCAUGUGAGAAAUGCAGUACACAUCUGUGUAUGAGUGAUGUUUCAGACCCAGGUCUAAAAACUGUGUAAUAGAAGAUUCAGUACUUUUUUAAAGAAAAGCCACAAGAGAUCCAGUGCAGCUACUGUGCAAGAACCACGUACAGACUCUUACAUGCAAAUACUUUGAGUAUUACUAUUACUGACUUAGUUAAGUGCACCAGUCAAGCCUCAGAGAAAUUCUAUUUGAAGAGUUCGAUUCCAAAAUGCGACGACGCCGUUUUAAGAUUGUUUAAAAAAUAUUUUAUUUAUUUUUUUAUUGUGCAUUCCUAUUAAUAUGAAUCAAACUGUAGUUGGUUUGUUUUGAUUUCAGCCAUAAUAACUAAAAAAGAAACGAUUUAAAAACGGAGUUCUCAUUUUGGAACCAAACUCUUCAUUUGUAUGUAAGUAUUUUAUGUAUUUAUAGAUCUGGUUAGAGCUUCUACAUACUGUAACUUUUUCUCAAUGACAACAUCAAAUUUGGGCAUUCUGUUUUUUAUUACAUGUAAUGAAAGGUAUUGCUUGUCUUUCAUUGUUUUUUGCAGCUGUCUAUAUAAAUAUAUUUUAAAGAGAAAUGA